CUUUGUACAAUCCCACCAAUCCAUACACAGUAUGUCCAGUCCCAAUCCGAGUGCACCCCUCCGUACUGCGGAUUGGCUGGCUGUAUUUUCUCCGGUCGCCCACUUCUCCCAAGGUGAGCAGUUCCUGGAUUUGUCCGAGUCCGAUGCCUCUUAUUUUGCCCUGGGCAUAUUUUAGGCCCUUGUUCCAAAGUUCUACCCACUAUGGCUUAACGAGAUCCGACUGCUGUGUAACCCUCCACUUCACACCAUUGGUUCCAAUACACCAAUAGCAUGAUCCCAGUGUUCCUCCACCAACCUCACCACAUCCUUCGCCUCCGUCCUUCCCACAUACUCUUCCAACCCAAAUCUGCCUUCCUCUCCAUCAUCCCCCUCAAUCCAGACAAGCUCCAUGACCUUAUACGAAAGCAGCACAUCGUGCGCUUCUUCAUAAUACACCCGUCGACUCCAAACAGGAACCCACACCGUCUCCCCCAGCACCGUAAUAGGAUGCUCCUCUCUGUGAUUAGACUGCACCUCUGGACCCCAGACUUUGCGCUCCGUGUGGAUAGUCGCCCCCGUUGCGUAUCUCUUCCCUGUGAUGAGAUAUAUACGUCUUUGAUUUGUGGGGUUCGCUAUGGUUGUGGGUGUCGGCGUUGAAGUUGACAGAGCCGGUUUGGAAUUAGACCCCCCGGAGGCAGGGGCUGGGGCUGAUGUAGAUCAAUAAGGUUAUCGUGG